AGUUAAAAAGGAAAUUAAAUGAUGAAUUACUGUACAGGAAAAGUUAUUUAACUGAAGUACUGAAAGAAAAAUUCUCAGCUAAACACAUAGAAGUUAUAAUUACUCCGUAUUAUCGAUCUAUUCAUUAUUGUAUGGGUCCAUCAGGAAAGCUGCUUUCGGCACAUGGUGAAUGUGAUCUAUGCUCACCAGGGUCGUAUUACCCAAGUCGUAUUAUCGAUCCACCACCGCCAUCAACUGAUGAAGAACUCUUGCCUCCUACUGCUAACCAAAUAAUAUUCGCGGGUGGAUACAUCAGAUCUCAAUUUACUACUGGUGAUUAUGAUCUAAUCCAAUGUCUUCCAUGUCCACAUAAUACAUAUUCGGAGGAAUAUGGUCAAUCAAGUUGUUUACCAUGUCCAUUUCAACACAGUAUACCAAUCGAUCCUGAGGGUGAUACACAACCGAUAAAUGGAAGUGACUGGUUACACAUAGCAUGCACUAAAGAAGACAGAUCUGAACUACUUAUGAUACAAAUAAUUCAAAGAAUAUUAGGCAAGACAAUAGGUGAAUAUAUAAAAAAAACUCCACUCAUCAAACGUGCUGGAAUUCUAUGUUUUAUCAUUGCUUUGCCUGGUAUUAUCACUUUUUUAUUAAUAUUUAUUGCCUAUAUUUUGAUUGAUGUUGGAUCAACAUUAAUAGAAAUGGCUAAAACUUUGCAUCCAUUACAAAUACAAUUAGCUGAGAUUAGUACAGCAAAUGCACGUUUGGAUGUGGAAUUGAGUGAAGCAGCUGAAAGAACUUAUAGACAUGAAAAGUGA